AUGGAUCUCGGGAAAGAUUCUGAACAUAUUGGAACAGAUAAUACAAGAGUUUCCCCUAAUAUAAUGUUUCUAGCCAAAUUGCAGGCAGAUCUGUUGUCCAAAAUGUCCAAGGAAGUACAUAUGCAGGACAUACAAUCGAAAGACAAACCUGGCGGAACUGUCAGACUUUUGACAAAGAAAAAUGUUACUCUUGGAGCUAUUGUUGUACUUCUAAUUGUCGGUAUAAUAGCAGCAGUUGUUUCUCUACUUACACUUGGACAGGAUAGGGACAAGAAAUUACAGAACCAGGAUUGCCCCAAUGUGCUUUCUCCUGGAAUGAGCUACCCUGCAGUAGGAAAAACAGGAAUUCAGGGUCGUCAAUUCUUGGUUUGUUUUACUGAGAAUCACCCAAAUGCUAGAAACCAAAACAAGACAAUAUAUAUUUUAUCAGAUGAGGAAUUUGAGUUUGUGUUGAUUUCGAAGUUUUUAGAUUCACCACAGUUGAAUACGGAAGUAAAGACACAGUCGAUCAACUUUAAUAAGGAGAUAAACGUCAUAAAUACGAUUGCACUGUCCAGUUUCCAAGUCGAACAAAAAGCACUACUGAUCGAGACGACCGAGGACGUGUCCGUUAUCAUUAUCGAUAAUUAUAUACAUACGUCUGAUAGCACUACAAUUUUACCAUUAAAGUCGUUAUCGAAUUCAUACAUCAUUUCUACUGCAAAGGCAAAAUCCACGAUAGUAAAAAGUUCACAAUUUGCGAUAGCUUCCCCACAAAAUGGUACUAUAAUUAGAAUUAAAUUUCAUUUUGAUCCUGAUUCCCCAAUAAUAAUUAACGAUACAACAUACCGAAAUGGCAGUGAAAUGACUCUUGUCUUGGAUGAACUUCAAACCUAUCAAAUACAACACUGGGCUGAUAUGUCAGGAACAGUUAUCAAUGCAACUUCCCCUCUCGCAGUUUUCGCUGGAAGUAAUUGCAAAAUAAUACCUUUUAUAAACAGCACUGAAGCUCAAAGUUGCGGUAAGCUUGAUGAGCAAAUUCCGCCAAUUGAUAGACUGGAUAAAAUGUAUAUUGUUCCACCAAACUUUAACAGAAAUGGAACAUUCCUGAAAAUCGUGUCUCCUUUCGAAAACCGCCUUACAUAUAAGAUUGGAAAUAAACAAACAGAAAAAACUCUUAAUCCAAGUGGAUACCUUGAAAUCUAUUUUUUGAAUGAUGAAGUUGUUGUAAUAGAUUCAGAAAAGUCAGUUUUGGUCACUAGUUUUGCUACUGGAUCUUACGUCACAGGUGACCCUUAUAUGAUAACUGUACCAGGGAUAAGGCAGUAUACAGAUAAAUAUCUAGUGGAAAUCCCUGAAAAUUAUAAGGAAAGUUACAUCUGUUUAAUGGUUGAGGAAAAAUCUCUUCACAACCUGGUAUUAAAUGGAACAGAAAUCAUACAAUUCUUAAAUGACACGAAAUUCAAUGCCACCUUGACGAUAAGGGACAUCAACUUUGUCGUUCUAAUUCUUCAAGUAUCGGGAGGUAUGUUAGAUAUUAAAUCUUCCAAUACUGCGGCUUUUGGCUUAGUCGUGUAUGGUCAUAGGCAGGAAGACGGACACGGGUUUGCAGGAAAAGCAGUGUUACCCGACAUAUGUGUUCACUCUUAUGAAUAG